AUGUGCAUUUUGUUAGCCUCCUCAGCUCAUCCUCGGUAUUCCUUGAUAUUGAUAUCCAAUAGGGAUGAGUUCUACGAAAGAGAGACUCAGCAUACUACUUUGGACAAGGAUGAGUUUAUACUGUGUCCCAUAGAUCUAGCCCUAAAUAGUGAGGGUACCAGUAAACGGGGUACGUGGUGUGGAGUAAACAAGGAUGGUAAAAUUUCAGUGGUUUUGAAUCUUCGACACAAUAGGCCACGUCAGGCCGGUUCUAGCGCUAAUCCAGUUUUUUCCAGAGGAAGUGUGCCAAUGAAGUUUCUAAGUGAACGUACUCCAUUUAGCGAAUGGGACACUUUCGAAAAAUUCGCACACAAGUUCCCAGCUUUGCGAAAUGGUGAUUUGAACCUGUUCGUGGGCGAUUGUAAAGCAGGAAAAUUCACGGCAAUGGAUUCAUUCGGUCUAAGUAUGCCGGUUUUGACCAGUGAGAACCGGUCGUUUGUUAUGUCUAAUGAUUUUGUGGGCUCUUCUGAAAAAUGGCCUAAAGUCAAGACAGCAGAAACCCUAUUGCUUCAGCUCGUUCGAAAUUCUACAACCGCUACCGAAGACCAACUAAUCGAGCAGUGUCUUCAAAUAGCUUCCUAUAGCGAGUGCGAUGAAAGUUCUGCCAUUUCCAAAGAGCAACUGACGACGAGAAACAUUUUUGUUCCUCCUCUUUCCGCUAAUUCCAAAACAAAUGUUGGAGCGACACUAGCAUGUGGCAGAUAUUACGGAACACGUUCACAGAUUGUGGUAUUGGUAUCGAGAACCGAGCCAGUGGUGACGUUUGUAGAACAGGUUUUGCAUGACUCGGAUAGCGAUGCCACUACGUUUUCACCAUCCAAUCCAAAGCAGCGAGUAAAGUUCAAGUUGAAUCUCGAAUCUCGACUUUGA